AUGACCUCCGCCACCACGCCGCCACUCCUCCCCACCGUCUCAUGCAGAUACAUCUCUCAGUUCUCUUCCCAUUUCCUUGCAACCACCGCAAAACCGCUACCUUUCCGCCUCCACUUCUCACUCAACAACCACCACCACCUUUUCCAUUUCCCCUCUCCUACAUUCACUAAACACCUCAUUCUCCUCACAUUUUCCUUCACGCUCUUAUCUCUCCGCCUGUGUUCCCGCCUCCUCCUUCCCGACUUUUCUCACCGUUGGAAACACCUCAUUGCGUUCUCUUCCCAAGCCGAAGCCCAGCUGAUCAGGAGCCACAAUCCUUGCCCGAAAUAUUUGCUCCAAGCUGUCGUAGCUUAUGAGGACCGCCGUUUCUUUAACCAUUUCGGGGUUGACCCAAUCGGCGUGGCGCGCGCAGUUUUGUCAUUCUCGGCUCUCGGCGGCGGCAGUACCAUAACUCAACAGAAGUUGGGUUUCUUGCGUUAUUUGUUGUGUACAUUCAUUUUUUAUCCUUAUCUUAAUGUGACUCAGCAUGACGCGUUAUCCGGUAUCUCGUUUACAGAGUUUGCCUACCCCAAUUUUACGGCUUCAAAUCUAAGAUUUGUCGAUGCUGCUGGCAGUUUCAUGUUCUCUCGAAAUCGAACCUUUAAAGCUUCCAUGUUCAAUCCUGGUGCACAGAAAAUUAGAUUCUACUUAUGUGUUAUCCACGUGGAAUCUAACACCAUCAUCUGGUCUGCUAAUCGUGAUGCACCGGUUUCAAAUUCUGGAAUAAUGAGCUUAACCGCCAAUGGUAUCAAUAUUACUGAACAAGAUGGAAGUUUUAAAUGGUCUACACCCCCAUUGCGAUCUUCAGCAUUCUCAUUACAGCUUACAGAAGCUGGAAAUCUUAUCUUGCUUGAUAGAUUUAAUGGGACAGUGUGGGAAAGCUUCCAAAAUCCGACAGACACAAUCGUGAUUGGACAGCACUUGCGUGUUGGGACAAUGUUGUCCAGUGGAGUAUCAAACGACGAUUUGCAGACAGGCUAUUACAGGCUUUCUUUAACUGUGUCCGAUGCUACUUUGCAGUGGCAGGGUCUCACAUACUGGGAAUUGUCUAUGGAUGCCAAGGCUUUUGUGAACUCAAAUUCUGUAGUGGCUUAUAUGGAUCUUAACCAAACAGGUUUGUACCUAUUUGGUCAAAAUGGAUCUGUAGUUGUGCUCCAAGUAAUUCUACCUCCAUCUGAUUUUCGAACUGCCAAGCUGGAUGACUCUGGUCAGUUCAUCAUCAGUAGCUUCACAGGAGCAAACCAAAAGCACGAUUUUGUGGGGCCAGUUAAUGAAUGUCAGAUUCCAUACAUUUGUGGGAAGCUUGGAUUAUGUACCAAUGGUGCUUCUUUAGAUACUCCAGUAUGUUCCUGUCCAUCUAGCUUCCUGGCUACUUCAAAUAAUACAUACAGUUGUGUUCUGGCUGAUGGUUCUUACUCGUUGCCGGUUUCUUGCAAUUUAACAAAUAAUGGCAGUCAUUUGAAUUCUUCCAUGUUUUCAUACUUGCAACUUGCUCAUGGUAUGGACUUCUUUGGUAAUGAUUUCACCAUGCCUGCCAAGUAUGGGGUGAAUUUAUCUGUCUGUCAAGAUCUCUGCACAGAUGACUGUACUUGUUUGGGAUUUUUCUAUGAUAACUCUUCAGGUUCUUGCAAUUUACUUGAAAAUGAGCUGGGAUCUAUUAUGUUGACUAAUAAUGGUCGGAUUGGAUAUAUUAAAACACUUCUUGGAGCUUCAUCAACUAAUGUUAGUGGUGCUAACAAUUUUAAAAAUGGUGCACUAGGAUUUCCUACAGCUGCUGUAGUACUAUUACCAUUAAGUGGCCUCUUCCUUUUAUUUGCAGUAGUUAUCUUUUUAUGGAGAAGAUCUAGGCUUCCCAAUAUGAGAAUGGAAAAGUUAGUUGAACCAGACUCCCCUGCUUCUGGAGAUCUGGACUUUUCUAUUCCUGGAUUGCCCUUAAGAUUUGAGUAUGAAGAGCUUGAGGCAGCUACUGAGAAUUUCAAGAAUAAGAUUGGGUCCGGUGGAUUUGGUACUGUAUAUAAAGAUAAAACUGAUGUUUAUAGUUUCGGGAUGGUACUACUUGAACUCGUAAGUGGAAGAAAAAACUGCUCAUUCCGAAUACAAAGUCACAGCCUAGGUGAAAGCAGUACUGCUGGAGGCAGCUCGUCAUCUUCGUUAGUACAGGGUCAUGUUUACUUCCCACUGUAUGCUUUAGAGAUGCAUGAGCAAGGGAGGUAUUUAGAACUUGCAGAUCCAAGACUAGAGGAACGAGUGACGAGUGAAGAGGUGGAGAAAUUUGUAUGUGUGGCAUUGUGUUGUGUUCAUGAGGAGCCAGGAUUGAGGCCUAAUAUGGUUAGUGUGGUAGCAAUGUUGGAGGGUGAGAUACCAUUGAGUGAGCCAAGAAUUGAAUCACUAAACUUUUUGCGGUUUUAUGGGCGUCAUUUUGCUGAAGCUUCAACAUUAGAAGAACCUGGAGGAAGGAAUGAUGAUAUAUUAUAUCCAGAAGCAAAUCUCUCUCACACAAGCUCUAGGAGUAUCUCUAAUGCACAUUUCUCUUAUAUGUCAUCCCAACAAAUAUCAGCUCUGGAGAGGAGAAUUUCAAAACUGGGAAUCUUGAGUGCUUAUUUGUGUAAGAUAUACUGGGGACAUGGUAUUUAUGGAAUUGAAUCAGCAUCAAACUUCUACUUCAGGAAACAUCCGUCCCUUCUUAGUUUGGGUGAGUGUGCAUUGCUUGUAGGCAUGAUACCUGCACCUGAACUCCGGUCACCAUUCAGAGAUUGUAGAAGAGGAAAGACCUUCCAAGCUAGAGUAUUAAAAAGGAUGGUCAAUGUUGACUUAAUUGAUAUCGAGACUGCACUUUUGGUUGUGAAUCAGUCAGUCAACAUAUCUGGCGAACCAGAUUAUGCAGAAAAAUCGUCGUUCUCACUAUCGUCCUUCAAAAAGCAAUCUGGAACAAUGAAUUUGGAAUCAGGUUCGAGCCCGACUGUGAAGGAGAUAUGGGAUUGGGAAAGAGAAAGCAAGAUUUGGGAAGUGAGGGAGGACAUGGAAAGAUGGGCAAUGAAUCUUUGCAAGACUAAGAAAUCAGUUAAAAUUUCAUAUUCAAAUUACAAAGGAAAUUCCUUUUAG